AUGUAUUUUCAACCGUAUCGGAAAAAUGACCUGGAAUUGGGAAGUAGACCGCUUUACCCGACGAUGUUGGAGAGUUCAGAACUCCGGUGGGCUUUCAUUCGGAAGAUUUAUUCUAUAGUGGCCAUUCAAUUGCUUCUCACCAUUGCUGUGGGUGCCGUGGUCGUCUAUGUCCGUCCCGUCGCCGAGUUCUUCGUCACUACCGGUGCCGGCUUAGCCCUCUACAUCAUUCUCGUCAUCGCUCCAUUUAUGGUGUUGUUACCGUUGUACUACUAUCACCAGUAUUAUCCGGUGAAUUACCUUCUUCUUGGGAUUUUCACGGCGUCUCUUGCUUUCGCGGUUGGAUUGACUUGUGCUUUUACCAGUGGCAAGGUUAUCUUGGAAUCUGUUAUUCUUACAACUGUGGUAGUUAUCAGUCUUACAUUGUACACAUUCUGGGCUGCAAGAAGAGGCUACGAUUUCAACUUCCUAGGGCCCUUUUUGUUUGCUGCUAUUCUUACCCUCAUGCUCUUUGCCUUGUUUCAGAUUCUAUUACCUAUGGGUAGGAUCUCGGUGACAAUCUAUGGGUGUUUGGCUUCGCUUGUAUUCUGCGCGUUCAUCAUAUAUGACACCGAUAAUCUUAUCAAGCGAUACUCAUACGACGAUUACAUUUGGGCUGCUGUGGCCCUGUAUCUGGACAUCAUCAACCUCUUCCUUUCCUUGUUUACUAUUUUCAGAGUUGCUGAUACCUGA